AUGUGGCGGGAUCGCACCAACCUCUACCUCUCCUACCGCCAAUCCCUAAUCCACCACCCAGCCAAGAAACCCGCCUUCGGCACCUCUUCAAAUGGCUUCGCCGACACACCCUCCCAUCCAGAAGAAAACAGACGCCUAAUCAGCGACACAGACGAAGAUGGCGACAUGGUUAUCGAAAUGGACCUCCUGCCCCCGCGCUGGGUAGAUGUGCAGGAGGAGGUCUCCGAGCUGUUAGCAGACAUCGCCGGGAAAUCCUCCCAGCUGGACAAGCUACACCAGAAACACCUCCUGCCGGGCUUUGGAGAUGAAGAUCUGCGCAAACAGGAUGAGGGCGUGAUCGAGCGCCUUACGCAGGACAUCACGCGCGCGUUUCAUGAUUGCCAGCGUUCUAUUAAGCGCAUUGAGGCUAUGGUGCUUGAUUCUAGGGCGCAGGGUAGUGUUACUUCCGGUGAGGAGACUAUGGCGAAGAAUAUCCAGAUCUCUUUGGCUGCUAGAGUGCAGGAGGCUAGUGCGCGCUUUAGAAAGAAGCAGAGUACUUAUUUGAGGAAAUUACGAGAUCUCGAGGGUAUCGCGACGCCAUUUGAUGGUGCGGCGCAGGCCCAGAACCCCUACACGGACCCGUCGAUGAUGGAGUCGGAUGCGGAUCGGUCCUUUUCGCAGACAAUGUUGCAGCAUACUUCCCAACGGAGUACGGGGACGAAUGAUGCUGCUAUUGCACAACGAGAACGGGAGAUCAAUGAUAUCGCAAAAGGUAUUAUUGAGCUGUCGGAUAUCUUCCGCGAGCUGCAGGGCAUGAUCAUCGACCAGGGAACCAUGCUCGACCGUAUAGAUUACAACGUUGAGCGAAUGGGCACUGAGGUCAAAGCCGCGGAUAAGGAACUGAAAGUGGCUACCGGCUACCAACGACGAACUACCAAACGCAAGGUCAUGAUCUUACUCCUGCUACUUGUAGUAGGAUUGAUUAUUGUCCUAGUAAUCAAACCAAAGGGAGGCAGCUCUGCACCGCCACCGCCGCCUGAAGAUGAAUCCUCAAACAAUAUCCGUCGCUCUGUGGCUUCUGUGAACAGGGACCGGGGGCACCAUUUAUCGACUCGUUUUGCGCGAGAUCGGUGGAUGGAUCCUGAUAUAUUUCGAUGA